AGACCACCGUGACGGGGGGGUCUGGGCUUAUUUAGGGCUUUCUCUGUCGAUGGCUGUAUAAAUUGGAGCCCUCCGGUCCGUACUAAUCAUUCUGGCUGGCUUCCAUCACUCUCGCUCCUUCUGCUAGGGUUUCAUCCGAAGACCUCGCUGCUCAACGACGGUCCUUCUUCUGCUGCUGGUGCUGCCUGUUUGAGCGACGAUGAGGCCCGUCUUCGUUGGGAACUUUGAGUACGAAACUCGCCAGUCCGAGCUGGAGCGCCUGUUCUCCAAGUAUGGUCGGGUCGAGCGCGUUGACAUGAAAUCCGGGUUUGCUUUUGUAUAUUUUGAGGAUGAACGUGAUGCUGCUGAUGCCAUUCGUGGCCUUGAUAAUGUACCAUUUGGUUAUGACCGACGUAGGCUAUCGGUGGAGUGGGCUAAGGGAGAACGUGGCAAGCUCCAUGAUGGUAGGGCAAAUCGGAGACCCACUAAAACACUUUUUGUGAUCAACUUUGAUCCGAUACACACUAGGGUGCGUGACAUAGAGAGACACUUUGAACCUUAUGGGAAGAUCCUGAAUGUUCGGAUCAGAAGGAACUUUGCGUUUGUGCAGUUUGAGACGCAGGAAGAUGCUACUAAGGCACUGGAGUGCACCCAUAUGAGCAAGCUACUAGAUAGGGUUGUCUCAGUGGAGUAUGCACUAAGAGAUGAUGGGGAGAGAGACGAGAGAUUUGACAGCCCUAGAAGGGGGAGCUAUGGUCGGCGUGGGGAUAGUCCUUUCAGGAGGUCACCAAGUCCGGUAUACCGUCGGCGACCCAGCCCUGAUUACGGUCGUCCUCGGAGCCCAGAUUAUGAUCGCUAUGAUGGUCCAGCUUAUGAUAGACGCAGGAGUCCUGAUUAUGGCCGACCUAGAAGCCCUGAGUAUGGCCGAUACCGCAGCCCGUCACCCAUCAGGCAGAGGUCAAGGACUUGAAGGUGGUGUGCUUGUAGAGAAUCAUACUAGCUGGCGCAACUUGGAGUUUGCGACAUACUUGUUACUGAAAAGUUUAGCUUUAGGGAACAUCUAGGUUUACUUUUGCUGGCCCCAUUAUGUUUCUGUGUGCAUCUACCUCAUGUUAGGAUAGUAUGUGAUAUUGUGGUUUGUAUAGACUGGUUUCUCUGCUUCUCACUAUUAUGAAGACAGUAUUGAAGCAUAUAUAUUUUUUUGGAUAACGAUUUUAUUCUUCCUGGGUUA